AUGCCAUACAUGCUAAUCUCGACACAAAUUCGUCUCGAAGCUGGACCAACGUUUGUUGGAGAUGGCGACAGUGAUAUCGAUCUAAUGGGAAGGUUACAAGCUAAGCCAUCACAGCAGCUGGGAAACGAAUUUGUGGAGUACUCCACGCCGCUAUCUCCUCGAUUAGUACUGAAUCUCUUGGAAAAGGAAGGGUGGAAAGUUGUCGGUAUGGCAGAAAAUCUUGCAGUAAUAGAUCUGAAUGCUUGA